UAAAUUUCUCCAUCCAAAAUAAAGUGAGUGCUGCAAGUAUCUUCUUGUCAUUUUUACGCAUUUUGUGAAAUAAUAUGUUUUCUGUUGGUUAAAUAAGCAAAUAAUUAAGAGUUGGGGGAACCCUGUAGCAUUAGUGUCCCGAAAGUUUGAAUUUUAAAAACCUUGGAUUUUUAAUCUGAACCGUCUUUCAUAUCUGGCAUUGGCUUGGGAACUAGUUCUCUGUCAUGAUUGACCAAUCUCGAUUGUAGAAACUUUGUUAUUAUGCAAGCAGAUUAACACAGUUUAUCAUUUGGCCCAAUGUUAGUAGUAUCAUUGUAUCAUCUGCUUUUAUUGUUCCUCUCAUCUGUAGUUAUUCGGUUAAGUAGAGAACUUGCAAUUGUUUAAUAUAUGUGGUAUUUUCUGUUUAUUCUAGCAGCCGCUACUAUCCUGAUUGUCAUCUUUAUGUUUUGUACAAGCAACACCUGUUAAUGUAGGAAGAAGUUUUCCUGUAUUUUCUGUUCUGCAGGAUGCAUCUAGUGGUGUAAUUUUGCUUUAUGUUUAUCUUCUUACUGAAUUUUAAAAUGCAGUUGGAUUUAGAGAAAGGGAUGAUGGACUGCUUAUAUGCGAAAUGUACUCCUUGCAUCACAGACUGUGUUAUGGCUGAGCUCGAGAAGCUAGGUCAGAAGUACCGAGUUGCUUUGAGGCAUGUUCUCCUUGUCACCUCAUUUGAUCUUUGUUUCUGUUUUUGUUUUUUAAUUGCAAAGGAUCCUCGAUUUGAGAGGCUUCCCUGUACGCACAAGGGAACUUAUGCUGAUGAUUGUCUUGUUAAUAGAGUUACACAGCAUAAGUGCUACAUUGUUGCGACCUGUGAUCGGGACUUGAAGCGAAGAAUUCGUAAGGUCCCUGGGGUACCAAUCAUGUAUAUUACUCGGCACCAAUAUUCAAUUGAACGGCUGCCUGAAGCUACGAUUGGCGGCGCUCCAAGAAAUUAAGACAAUGAGCAUCAAAUCAUGCCUGUGCUUGUUUUGACCGUAACUUUCAAAGUUCUCAUAUGUCGACCAACCAUUAUCGAUUGUCCUUUGCUCUAAAGAUAUACAGAAGGUCAAGUAAUACAAAACGAGGGAAUUCGAGACUUUGGAGAUCAUAGUUUUGUUAUUGUAUCUGUGAAAAAUAGCUUGCUUUUGUGUCUGUUAUUCUAAAAUUAUCAGGGGCACGAGUUUAUGCAUUGUGGGCACUGGGCACCACUUUUGUACUGAAUUUUUGUUCUUGGGGUGAAAGUUUACCUUAAAGCCACAAUUUUUGAUCAUCUGAUUCAAUUAUCUUUUUGGGUUUGAAAAUUUGUCAGUCUUACUAAGAACUCCAUUUACCUGUGAUCUGUGAGGGUUACGAAUACACAUUAUUAGCAAUUUUUGCACUCUCUUUGUGUGGUGAAUUGCACUUAUUUUUCUGUCCUCCCACUUUUUUGUAGGGAAAUUACUGAUGUGUAAUUAUUUAUUUUUUCGGUAAGAAUAGAGAAAAAGCAAUGGGAUCCACUUUGUAGUGAAAAGUUAAUAGGUGGAGUUGUACUGUUGUAGAAUAUUCAUAAAUUUAUUAAUUAGAAAUAUCCCUUUUUGAUGGUUGCUGAUAAAUUUUAAAAGGUUACUUUUGUUAUUGGUUUCAACUUUCA